UGGAUGGUGAACCGCUUGCAUAAUGCAUGGAUGUCAUAAUGGCAGAAAGUUCCCUAAAACUUCAGUCGCCUGAGAGCCUCAGAGCCGUUGACAUCUGUUUGCUUGUUGCCGCUGCAGUAACCACCAAAUGCAUCACAUUCUGCAAACUGGAAGGUUUUUACUGAGAAGCACUGACCAAACAACCUGGCACAAGAGUUGCUCAAGCUUUGCCAAGAUGAUGCGUGCAGUGUGUGUUGACGUACCAGGAGGACCAGAGAAUCUGCUGCUGCGGACUGUUCCCAGACCUCAACCUAAAGAUGGAGAAGUACUGAUUAAAGUUCAUGCCACUGCCCUCAACAGGGCUGAUUUACUGCAGAGGCGAGGACUGUACCCUGCUCCUCCUGGUGAGAGUGACAUCAUCGGCCUGGAGGUGGCUGGGACUGUGGACACUCUGGGCGCUGAAGUGAAGAGAGGCUGGAAGCCUGACGACAGGGUCAUGGCUUUGCUCUGUGGAGGAGGAUACGCCGAGUAUGUGGCUGUACCUGAGGAGCUUCUCAUGCCCGUUCCCUCGAAUCUCACACUCUGCCAGGCUGCUGCCAUUCCAGAGGCCUGGCUCACUGCUUUCCAACUACUGGUGCUCAUAGCUCAGGUGAAGGAGGGUGAAGUGGUGCUGGCUCACGCUGGAGCUAGCGGAGUGGGAACGGCAGCAGUUCAGCUCGUGCGUCUGUUCGGUGCCGUGCCCGUCGUCACAGCAGGGAGUCCAGAGAAGCUGAGGAUGGCCAAGGAACUGGGAGCAGCAGCCGGGUUUGACUACAAAACGGAAAGCUUUGCUCAGGGAGUUCAUGACUUCACAGGAGGAAAGGGAGCAGAUGUCAUACUUGACUGUAUUGGUGGAAAAAACUGGGAGCAGAACGUGAGUUGCUUAGCCACUGAUGGCAGGUGGGUGCUGUAUGGCACCAUGGGGGGCAGAACGAUAGAAGGUGAUCUUCUGGGUAAACUGCUCUCUAAGCGAGGACACUUGCUCGCCAGCCUCCUCCGCUCCCGUAGCCUUCAGUACAAAGCAGAGCUGGUCGAAGCUUUCUCACGCCGAGUGUUACCACACUUCUCAGACGCGGCAGCCUCUUUGAGGCCAGUGAUUGACAGCACAUUCAGCCUCGUGGACAUCGCAGAGGCUCACAGGCACAUGGAGGCCAACAAGAACAUGGGCAAGAUUAUCAUUAACGUGAUUCCACAGAAUCAGGACACUCAGUGACAAACAGCUGCGGUGGUUUUCAUCAGGCAAUUUCAAAUUAUGCACCUUCCAUCAAUAAAAAUGUGGUAUUUUGUAUAGCAUAGAUCAUUUUCGCUUUAGCCUUUCAAACUCUUGCCAAGAAAUAGUAUUAAGCAGCCUUACCUUGAGGCUGUUUUCAGUCCAUGCUGUCAUCGUCUGAUUUGUCAGGUUUUGCAGCUGUGAAAAUGUUCGUGACAAACACACUGAGCCAGGAUCAUGCUGUUGUUCAACUGUAAAGAUAUGUCACAUUAAAUACUUGACACUUAA